CCCGAAGAAGAAAAAAAGACAAGCUCGAGCGAGUAGCAGCCAGCGCGGCCAGAGCGAGCCGGCUCAUGCUUUAAAUGCGGGUCCGUUUUUCUCUUUUUUGAACCCGGUGAUAAAUAAAGGAGAUGAGGGGACUCCUGACGUUUUACCGGGGCCUGCACACCCUGAGCAACCGUCAAGCCAGACGCAAAGCUGGGAUUGUCGGUUCUCGGUGCGGCUUUUGCGGAACUGAGUCUAAUAGCAAGCCACAGCCAAGCUUUGGGCUGUUGUUCGACAUUGAUGGCGUGCUUGUCCGGGGAAGGAUGCCAAUCCCUGCAGCAAAGAAGGCAUUUGAGAAGUUGGUCGACUCUCAGGGACAAUUUGUGGUGCCGGUUGUUUUUGUCACAAAUGCAGGGAACUGCCUCAGACAAACAAAAGCAGACCAGCUCUCUCAUAUCCUGGGAGUACCUAUCACACAAGAUCAAGUCAUCAUGUCCCAUAGUCCACUGAGGAUGUUUAAGAAGUUUCAUGACAAGUGUGUGCUGGUUUCGGGACAGGGACCAGUCCUGGAAAUUGCUAAAAAUGUCGGCUUUAAGAGCGUUGUCAGUAUUGAUAUGCUGAGGGAAUCGUUUCCAUUGCUGGACAUGGUGGAUCACAACAGGAGACCAAAACUGCCGUCCAAUCCUAUUGCCAACCUUCCUAAAGUUGAAGCUGUGGUUCUGUUCGGGGAGCCAAUUCGAUGGGAGACAAACCUGCAGCUGAUUAUUGACAUUUUGUUGACCAAUGGUAACCUCAGUAGUGUUCACCUAACCCAAAAGAUGCCUCACCUCCCCCUGCUGGCUUGCAAUAUGGACCUCAUGUGGAUGGCCGAGGCGCAUUCUCCACGGUUUGGCCAUGGGACGUUUCUUGUGUGCUUGGAGAACAUUUAUAAGAAGAUAACUGGUAAAGACGUAAAGUAUGAGGCUCUAAUUGGAAAACCCAGCGAGCUGACCUACCAUUUUGCGGAGUACCUCAUCAGAAGCCAGGCCAUGCAGAACCAGUGGAAACUUCCCAUCACUUCCCUUUAUGCUAUAGGGGAUAACCUUAUGACUGACAUCUAUGGCGCCAAUCUAUACAACCGCUACCUGGAGGAGAGAGUUGCUAGAAAGAACCCCAAAGCCGUUGCUAAGAUGGUGGCCACCACAGGGUCCACCGCUGCAGUGUCCCAGGAGGAGGAGAUCGACAACCUGAGGGAGAGUGAGCUAGCCCUGCCCUCUGCUACCUCCUGCAAGUCUGUCCUAGUCUGCACGGGAGUUUACAACCCCACAGCAGAGGUGCCGUCUGAUUCCAGCCACUGCAUCAAAGAGACUGUGUUCCAUGGGCACCGGGACUUCAGAUUUGACCCUGCGCUGGUGGAGCCAGGCCACAUUGUGCAGGAUGUGGCAGAAGCUGUCGACCUAAUCUUUGAGCAGGAGAAGUUUGUGCCUCAGUAGAGUUUUGAGCGAAUAGGUUUGUGUGGUCAUGGAGGCCCCAAUAGAGUAGGAGCCUAACACUGUGGAGUGCACCUAACAGGGUAUUGACAAAAUAUGAAUCUUCUUCUAAACUUUAAAAAAUUGAGACAUAUUUUAGAGAAAUUCAACAAUCAUGUAACUGUUACUGUCAACCGAUCUUUUAUAUUGUUUUUGGUGAUAGUUAACCUGUUUUUCAUUAAGGAAAAGUGUAAUAACGGCCUUAUUUGACCCUGCUAAGUAUUUUUUUAGAUGAUAGUAAUGUUUUAGAUUAUUAAAAAUCCUGAAAUCAUCCUAUAUUUAUUACAAGAAUUUACCAGUGUUUUUAUGAAACAUAUUCAAAUAACAUUUUAACCUUUAUUCUCGAGGUGACUUUUUAUUAUUGCAUUUUUAGUCAUUUGUUUACCCAUUUAUCCUGGAAAAUCUAUGCAUGAAUAUGAGAGUAAUACUAAUACUGUAUAAACAGCUGUUUGAUGUGCAAUAUUGUCCUCUUAUAGUACCGUCUGUCUGCAUUUUGUCUUGUUGUGAGACCGUUGACCAGUAUUUGUGAAGGCUUUCAUCUUUGUUAAAUGUUUCCAUAUUGUCCUGCCAUGGCAUGUUAAUCAUAAUGUAGAAAUGUGUGCUUUAAAAUUUGAAUUCCAGAAGCUAAAGAUAACUUGACUUUUAUUUAGAUACGAUGCCAAUCAAAAGCUUUUACCGCCCUAUAUUUGACCAUGUGUAGUACUUCACUCAUUGUAAUAACCUUAAAUCAAGAAAAUAUAAGGAAUCAU